CGAAUCGAAUAGGUUGUCAGUGUGGAAAACUCCGCAUCCAUGUGCGUCGUUCAAAAUCAUCUGUUGAAAGUUUGUUUUUGUGUGACAUUGCAUCAUAGUAUUGGCGAUGAGUUUUCCACUGCUAUCAGGCAGAUCCCUUCUAUUUUUGGAUUACGUCCGGCCGACAGUUACAACACAAUAUGUCCGCUUCAAAUAUGCAGUACAGGGUCGAGCGUUCUUAGAACAGAAGCUGGGAAUUCCACCUAAACCGAAGAAACCCUUAACCACAUAUUUCCGGUAUGUUACUGAGGUUCGGGCAUCGGUUGCGGCAAAACAUCCAACAUUAAAUGUAUGCGAACAAACUGUACUCAUUGCGAAAAUGUGGAAUUCCUUGGAUGCAGCGAGCAAACAAAAUUACUUCAAAGCCUUUGCAAACGACACUGUUGCGUACAGACAAAAACUAGUUGAAUAUUAUGGAAAAAUCACCGAGGACGAUAAACGAAAGCUACAAUCAAAACAAAUGGAACUGAAAAACGAAAUUGAAAUAAAGGAGAAUAUGAUUAAGCAACGCAAGAAAGCAAUUGAACUUGAUCGGCCGGUGAGACCAUUGGGAGGAUACAUAAAAUUCUUCACAGAGGCGACAGAUCGCAAACCGAACGAGACAUGGAAAGACUUUUCGCAGCGGAAAACAUCCGAAUGGCAUAGUCUCAGUGUCAGUCAAAAGGACGCUUACAAAGCACCGGCAGAAGACUUAGAGAAAUUCAAGAGAGCCUACACGAUAUGGAAGGGCAAAAUGAUUAUUUCGGGCAACUAUAACCUCUGUCGUAUUAAGAAAAAUAGGAAAUUUGAAGAUGUAAUAAGUUCCAAAGAGUCGUAAUCUACAUCGUCACACACUAGUGACACAAUUUACCGAAUACAUUCAUAAGGAAUAAAAAUG